AAGGAUAACUAGAGUGUUGUGAACAUCUGCUUUCAAGACCUAAUCUUGAUUCAAGAGCCCAAGUCAUUGCAGCUGCCCAUUUGGAGGAAAUUUCCUUUGUCUACUGUUAAACAGGCAUUUUGAUCUCAAUCCUGUUUGGGAAGAUUUGAUGCCAGUUUCCUCUCUUUUAUUACAUUUGGCCAGAUUAGUUUUGUUUCCACAAGCAGCACACAGCCCUGAGUGAGUUAUUCAAUGUGUGUUCCUUCUUAAUACAUCUUCCUUUUUCUUUUGACUUUUCUGAAAAUAAUCCUUCGGCGUAGUGGUUAAGAGCUGGGCUAACAAAAAGGUCGGCAGUUCAAAUCCACCAGCCGCUCCUUGGAAACCCCAUGGGGCAGUUCUAGUCUGCCCUACAGGGUCGCUCUGAAUUGGAACCAACUCGAACCCAACUCAAAAACAAGGUACCCUACCACCAGGCUUCAGUGGUGAACGGCGCGCGGACCGGGCUUGGAGAACUUGGGGGAGAGGUGCCCCGCCCCGGAGGGGGCGGGGCCGGGCGCCGCCGUCACUGGCGGCCCCGCCCUUCCCGCCGGUGGCGCCAUCUUACCCGGUCGCGGGAGAGGUCACAGGUCAGCGCCCGCGCCUCUCCGCGAGUGGAGGCAGACGAAGUGGGAGAUCGGGCCGGGCUGUGGCCUUCCUGUCCCGACUGGUGGCUUUUCCUUGGGACAGCCCAGGAUUCCCCCCAGGACGAUGGAUUCUGGAACUCGCCCAGUGGGUAGCGGUUGUAGCAGCCCCGCAGGACUCUCCAGAGAGUACAAACUAGUGAUGCUGGGCGCCGGGGGUGUGGGGAAGAGCGCCAUGACCAUGCAGUUCAUUAGCCACCGAUUCCCAGAAGAUCAUGACCCCACCAUUGAAGAUGCUUAUAAAAUCCGGAUCCGUAUUGACGAUGAGCCUGCCAACCUGGACAUUUUGGAUACAGCCGGGCAGGCAGAGUUUACAGCCAUGCGGGAUCAGUACAUGAGGGCAGGAGAAGGGUUUAUCAUCUGUUAUUCCAUCACGGAUCGUCGAAGUUUCCAUGAAGUUCGGGAGUUUAAACAGCUUAUUUAUCGAGUUCGACGUACUGAUGAUACACCUGUGGUUCUCGUGGGAAAUAAGUCCGACCUAAAACAACUAAGGCAGGUCACCAAGGAAGAAGGACUGGCUUUGGCCCGAGAAUUCAGCUGUCCCUUUUUUGAGACAUCUGCUGCUUACCGCUACUACAUUGAUGAUGUGUUCCACGCCCUUGUUCGGGAGAUACGUAGGAAAGAAAAGGAGGCGGUACUGGCCAUGGAGAAAAAGUCUAAACCCAAAAGCAGCGUAUGGAAGAGGUUAAAGUCACCAUUCCGGAAGAAGAAAGAGUCAGUAACUUGAAGGGAAGCUACGAGGUAGUUACCUGUGAACUGCAGUGCUUAGUCAGAACAGUCCAGUAACCUGCGUUAGUGAGCAUGGUGCUUGCUCUUUCUCCUGUUAUGACCAUUAUUUGUAAAGUAACUGAUGCGGGCCAUGCCUGCUAGGAGUUUUCAAUGAUGUGGUAUUUAAAGUAUUGUCUUAGUUAAUUCUGAUUUAUUAACCCAGUGGGGCACUGUCUACUUUUGAAUUGUCACGUUAGAGUCUGAUUUACCAAUGCUUUGGGUUCCAUUGCUGAUAUUAAUUGAUUAGUGUAAAUCGUUUUUACCAAGGGGAAUGUGUAUACCAUGUGUUUGAUUAUGCUCACAGAGGACUAUUUUGCUGUGCAAUCACACUAUCUUUUAACUUCGGUUUCAUGGGACUAUCCCAGAGAAGGACCUCCGUCUUUUUUAUUCACACUAUCCUUCCAAGAGACAAAGCAAAACUUGUGCAGGGUGAUUCACUGAGAUCAGUGCUAACGUUCAGGAAAUAUUUGUGGAGCCGACUCCUGUUGCAGAUUAUGAAGUGAUGCCGUUCAGGAAAAUCAGGCCAUACGCUUGCAGGGACUUGGCUAGGAAAAGGGAGGACCAGAACAGCAUUCCCAGUACGAGCCUGGCUUUUCUAAGAAGUGUGCAUUUGACCAAAGUUCUGGAAUGGAUGAGAACAAGCAGAGGCAUGUCAAAUGCAGUGAACGGUCCUCCUAUGAGGUUAUUUUAAUCUUCCUUUCAGGGUUUUGCCUUUCUUUACCUUUAAAGGUAAACACUUUGGGAACCAUUAUUGACUCUUCAGCUUUUGUCUUAUCUGAACUCAUGGUUUGGACAGCCAUUGCACAGAUUCCCCCCGCCCACCCCGAGAUGUACACACUGACCCACUUACAUUAAUUGCCUCCUAGUGCUUUCCCUUAGCUUCACUGUGCUCUUGAGAAGAGCUAGGCCUAGCAAAAUGAUUUUUCGGCCUCCCACAGACUGACUGUGUUUUCCAUAUAGAAGAGACAGUAGGAACCUGAGUAAAACUACACCGCACCUUCCCUUCGACGACCACUGCAGUCAGUGCUCCAAGAACACCUGUGGUAUUUCUGUGUAAUGGGUCAGUCUCGAACUUUAAAAUUCACACAUAUCGAGUUUCCCACUGAAGAGUUCUUGACCAGGACCUUGCAAAGUUCACCUCAGAUUUGUUGGAGGCUUGACAAAGCAUAGCCUGAGAGAAACCACUUUGCUGCCUGUGCGUAGGGAGAAACUAUUGACGUAGGAAGAAACAGCUUAAAAUACUGGUGGUGAGUUCUCCGUUUUAGAAUCAGGAUUAUUUUGCUGUCUGAACUUGGUAUGUAUGGGGAUUCAGUGCAGAAGUGCUAAGAGUAGUGUGUCAUGUCUGGAACAUUAAAUGUCACUGAAGCAGUGUUUGUGUCUGCUUUAAACUCUUAACAGGCUGACUGUAUGUAGUGACUCUUAAAAAGCGCACAGCCCAACAACUACUUUCACCUUUUAUUAGAGGCAGGAGAACAAAGGUUGCUGUGUUUUUCCUAUAAAUAAUGGUAUAUGUUCUGGGUUUAAAGAAAAUUGACUGCUGUAAUUUUUUUUCAGCUCUGAGUAGUAGUCCCUUUUAAAACUCCUAGAAACGUUUUCGCUACCAAAUAAAUUACGUUUUAUGAUCGUAAGCCAUCACAGAAGUGAAAGACCCAGAGUUUGACUCUGUGCAGGACAGAAAUCUUAUAGGAACCUUAGCACUUUGGAGAAGCAUGAAGGUAGA